AAAACAUUAUAUAUAAUACCUAAUUUUCCCCCUCGUUUUCCCCUCGGGAGUUGGUUCCUGUCCUCAUCUAUUGGAACCCAAUCAAUAUCACUUGAAUCUAUGAGACUCGUAGGUUUUGGUGGGCUAAGUUUUGAAAGGUGGGCUCGGAUAUUAGGUAUUCGGGGACGGAAUUGCUCUUCUCCUUUUCAUUUCUUUGAUCGGCAAGAUGGCGCUCACUAGCCCCCCAUCUCAUGUCGCCAUUAUUGGUGGAGGGCUUGCCGGCCUUACUCUUGCUCUAGCACUGCAUGACCUGGGUAUCCCGUCCAGUGUCUACGAGGCCCGGCCCGAGGACUUCGACCAAGGUGGUGGUAUUAUGCUCUCUCCUAACGCCUUGCGUGUGCUCGAUAGCGUUGGCGUCUAUAAACGCGUCCGUGAUAACUCGCUGCAGUUUGACGUUCUUACCUUCAAGGAUGGUCAAGACCAGACCACUGAUGAGUAUUAUUUUGGCUCAGAGAAGCUCUACGGUUAUCAAGCUAUUCGUAUCAUGCGCAAGGAGCUUCUAGAUGAGAUGAAGACAAUGCUGCGGGAGCGUGACAUCCUGAUCCAGUACGACAGUAAGCUGAUCGCGAUCACCACAGAUAGUCCAGAGAAAGUAGAGUUUACUUUUGCGAAUGGCCAGACUGCAUCUGCGCCCCUCCUCAUCGGGGCAGAUGGCAUCCACUCAACUGUGCGCGGGUCAUUUUUACCCCAAGUAAAGCCGAUGUAUGCAGGUUUUAUGGGUAUCAAUAGUGUCGUACAGAGAUCUCAAUUGCGCAUUCCGGAGGGUUAUAACUUGCCAGCUACUGUUAUGGCCAAACCGGGAGCUUUCCUACUCGUUCCACAGAAGCCAGACGGAUACGAGCUCUUCGUGGGGUCUCAGCGACAAUUCGCAGAGCUCGAUCCGGCAGGAUGGGAGGCGCUGAGAAAGGACAAACAGAAAUUGUAUGAUAUGCUCCAGGAGAACAAAUCAGACUGGCCGGAUAUUGUACAGUCGGCCUUAGAGGCGAUACCGGUGGACAGAAUGGGAUUUUGGGCGUUCUAUGGGAUUCCGCCAUUGGCGUCAUGGCUGUCGGAGUCGAAGAGAAUUAUCCUAGUUGGCGACGCGGCGCACGCUAUUCCCCCAACUGCCGGUCAGGGUGCUAACCAGGCUUUUGAAGAUGUGAGAGCUCUAGCCACCCUUCUCUCCAAGCUCUCUCCCAAAGUGCCGCUGGACAAGGCGGCGGCGCAAUGGCAGACGUACCGCCAGGCUCGGGUCAAGAAAGUACUCGACCUGACGCAGCAAAUGAACGCGAAGCGACUACCAGAAUCAGAGAGAGUCAAGUUACCACCGGGAGCAAUUUGGAGUGAUCAAUCGCUCACACGUGGAGAUGGAGGGGAAUUACGUUGGUUGUAUGACCCGGACUUGGCGCAGGAAGCUGAGAAGUGGGUACAAGAGCUGGAGCUAGCUAAAGAUUAGCGUCUCCACAUUUUGAUUACUGCAUGUGUUAGGGCUUAAGGGUUACACUGGGUUACACUUUCUACGCGCUACGCAGCUACGUAGGGCUGCUAGCUCCCUCUGUAAAUAUCGCUCAUCUUGUCACGAUAGUAAGGAAUAG